AUGGAAGUGUCCGAGACGGAUCGCGCUGAAAUCAUUUGCACCAUGGCGCUGCUGCAUAAAUAUUUCGAAUAUGGUGAACCGCUUUCCGGUUCGCUGAUAUCCAUGAGCUUAACGACAGCACCGUUUAAUAUACAACAGGACCUCUUGAAUGCCCUACAUGAACAGCUCGAUGUGCCGUGGACUGUUGUGGUGAGAAAUAUCCAUCAGCCUUCUACCAGUAGUGGAGCAUCUGCUACGAUUUUGCACGAGAAACCACAAUGCUAUUUUGUAAUUAUUGAAAAUUUGCAAGACGGUGACUUGGAAGAUGUAUUGGAAGAUUGGAAAACUGAUAUCAAUUGGAAUCCUCUCGCACAAUUCGUGGUCUAUAUGGCUUCGCUUGAGGAAACUGACGAAGAGAUGACCGAGUUGAUGACCGAAAUAUUGCUGAGCUUCAUGAAUAAGAAUAUUUACAAUGUGAAUGUUAUUGGACGUAAUGAAGAGAAUGCGUUUUUCUACGGUAAAACUGUUUUCCCUUAUCAUCCGGAUAAUAAUUGUGGCAAUCGGGUGACAGCUAUUGAGACAUUGGAUAUCUGUGAUUUUCAGGAUGAUAGUAAAUAUAUGGAUGAUGAUAAUGAGGAAGAAGAUGGAGUUUUGGAUGACUAUGAUGAUGAUGAUUAUGAAGAAGGCGGCGGUGAUGAGUAUGAACAGGAUGGUAACGGAAAUGUAGGUAGAAGUGGUAGUGAACAAAUUUACGAAAAUGGAGGGAGGGAUGAGGUUGGAAAUGUGGAGGGAGAUGGAGAUAGGGACGGUGAUCGACGUCGGGAUCAAUCGGCUCGAGGAAGCGAAGGCAGAAGGGGAGGAAAAGAAGCAGAAGAGAUUGAAAAUAAAAGGGAAGUAGAAGAUAGUGGAGUUGAAGUAGGAAAGGAAGGAGAAGAGAAAGGAAUUGAAGGUGAAGACGGAGCUGGAAAUGAAAGCAAAGGUGAAGUUGACGGUGAAGACGAAGGCCAAGCAGGAAAAGAAACUGAAGAAGAAGAGAAAGAGGAAGAGGAAGACGAUAUCGAAGAUGAAGCAGAAUCAGAGGAAACAAAAGAAGAAGGCGUGGAAAAAAGAGAAGACCCCGUAAAGGAAAAAGAGGAGGUAGAAAAUUUAGGGCAAAUGAGCGUAAAACGAGUAAAUGGGGAAACACUGGAUGAAGAUGAAAGUGAAAAGGAGUUUGAAAGUGAAGGGGAAGGUGAAGAUGAGAAUGAUGAUGAUGAUGAUGAUGAUGAAGGGGAAUGCGAAGAAGAAGUUGAAGCUGAUGCUAAAAAUGAAAGUGAAUUCGAAAUAGAAGUUGUUCAUGAGAGUGGCGGAGAAAGAGAAGAGAAAAGAAAGGAGGAGAUAAAUCAUGAAAGAAAAGAGACUAAUAAAAAGAAAGAAGCAAUAAAAGGCAAAGACUUAGAUGAAAAUAGCGAAGGCUUUAAUGACGAAAGUGACGCAAUGAAAUAUGUGGCUCUAAGGGAUAAAAAAGUAAAGAAUAAAAAUUUUAGAUGUAGCGGAAACAAGAAAGAGUUGAAAGAUAUAAAAAUAUUGCAAUCACUUAGCGUGAAAGGUUAUGAAAUUGAAGACAAGAAUAGCGGCGAAAAAGCUGACUUUAAAUUAGCUAUAGUAGAAAAUUGCAGUGAUGGUUGCGACCAUAGUGUUUCUCAGAAAAAGAUAAAUCGUAUUGAAAUUGUCAAACGAUUUGGAGUUGAAACAAAUCCAAAUAAAAUUCCUGAAAAUUCAAUUAACGAAAAAAGGCGAGGCACUGAUGCCAGUUUGAAUACUAAGAAAAUUAUAAAUAAAUCCGGAAAAGCCAAAGUCUUAAUAGAGGCCCCAGAUUCCGUUGUAACUCGCUUUCAUAGCAGUAAAAUUUACGCGCCGUUCGACGUCCUCUCACCGCUGAAAAAUGGCAGAGCGCGCCAAAAGCGAUCCGAACAAAACAAUCAGGAUACCACAAAAGAUUCCACUACCCAAGAAAUUUACCUGCAGGAACUCUAUCGUGGUCUAUUUCUGGAUAAGUUUCCCAAAGAUCUCAGUGGCUGUCCUAUCGUAGCAGCUUAUCGGCCGUGGGAACCCUACAUAUUUAAUGAAGGCAAAGAGAAAGGCAGCAGCGUAGAAGACUAUCAUAUAGCUUACGAGAGCAACGAGGAAUCAGCAGCCGAUGUGGCUGUGUAUGAGGCUAAGGAUAGUGAGGAAAAUGUACAAAAUGAAAGCGAUAGCAUGGACUAUGAUUAUGCGACAGCAAAUGACGACAGCUAUACGGGCAUGGCAACAGAUGCCGGCACAGACACAGAUACAGAUGCGACGGCAUACAAUGAUGUAGACGACGUAGGUGCCGGCGAUGCACCGCCGCCAAAGUUUAAUGGCAUCGAAUAUCAAUUGGUUCAAACUAUUGGCAAGCUACUGAACAUAACAAUCGAGCUGCAGGUGGAGAAUAGCAAUCUAUAUCAUCUCUUUCAACAACUCAUCGAUGGCGACGUUGAAAUGAUUUUGGGUGGCAUUGACGAAGAUCCCAGCCUGAGUCAAUAUGUCUCGAGUUCGAUAGCCUAUCAUCAGGAUGAUCUCACUUGGUGUGUUGCCAAAGCUAAACGCAAUUAUAGUCUCUUCAACUUUUUGCAAAGUUUUCACAUUAGCACUUGGAUCUUUACGCUGGCUUUUAUUUUGUUAUCUUCUUUGAAUAUUUUCGUGGCUCAAAAUGUGCUAAACAUUCGAAUCACACAUUUUGUUGGUUUCUUUGCGACUACCAUGCGUGUUUUUGGCAUUGUACUCAGCCAAUCGACGAGUCUUUCACGUCUACCAUAUUCGCUGUGCAUCACCUUUGGCAGCACCUUCGUAUUGGCGCUGAUUUUCGUAAAUAGUUAUCAGAGUUUUCUCGUCAGCACAUUGACUACACCACAGUCGUCCUAUCAGAUCAGUCAUUUAGAUGAAAUCUAUCGCAAUCGCAUGGCAGUAACAGGCAGCGUGGAGAAUGUGCGGCAUCUCAACAAGGAUGGGGAGACCUUCAAAUAUAUACGUGAAAACUUUCAAAUGUGCUACAGUAUCGAGGAGUGCCUCAAUCGCGCUGCCGCCGAUGAGCACGUCGCCGUUGCUGUUUCACGCCAGCACUCCUUCUACAAUCCGCGCAUACUACGCGAUCAACUUUACUGCUUCGAUCGUAAUGAGAAUCUUUACGUCUAUCUUGUUACAUUGUUAUUGCCCAAAAAAUAUCAUCUGCUACAUAAAAUCAAUCCGAUUAUACAGCACGUCAUUGAGUCGGGCCACAUGCAGAAAUGGGCUCGUGAGCUAGAUCUGAAGCGUAAAAUUCGUGAGGAGAUCGAGCGCGCACAAAAGGAGUUAGUCAAGAGUUUAAAGCUCAAUCAAGUUGCGGGUAGUUUUGCUUUACAUGGCAUGCUGGCAGUACUGGCUUUUUUUAUAUUUCUACUCGAACGAUGGACCAAUUGGAUGGUGGUGAAGCGUCGCACGCGCUUACGAUUGGUUAAGAUGUUGCAUCGACAAUUUAGUUAA